AGUUAGGUGCAACUUUCCUCUAUGCUUUCAACCAUAAGUUUCAUUAAUAGAAAAACAGAGCUACAAGCUAACGCAAAGAACCCGUCGCACCUUUCUCCGAUAUACAAACCAUCAAGAAGAAAAGCGCCUUAUCAACUCAAUAAUGGAGGAAAAUCAGAGAGGAAGCUCAUCAAAUGAAGAGGAUGAAAUGUCAGGUGAUGAAGAGACCGGAGAAUCUGGUUUACAACCUGUAAUGAUAGAGAAUUCUAAGAUAUCUGUUGAAAAAUUCGACCCACAUCUGUUGAAACGACGACCCAUACAUGAAAAAGAGAAUAAACAAGCAAAAUAUAAAAAACAAUCCUCAGAUCAGAAUGAGGAAAAAAAGGCCCAAAUCAGUAAUACGGGCUCUCUAGUAUCGCCCUACUCGUUUCUCCUCUGUAUUCUUAUCCUAUGUGUUGUCGUCUCUGUCUUCUACCUGUAUUGGGUAAAGACUUCUUACCCAAUUAAAGACACUCAGUUGGACGUACAGGAGUUGAUAAGUGACUUGAAGAGCAAAUUUGAAGGCCAGCCCAAUAUUACCUAUAAGAUGAUCGAGGCUGUCGUAAAAAGAGCUUCCAAAAAUCCCGAAUCUCCUGGUAUAAUCGUUUUGAUAUUCUCCAGGAAAACCAAGGACAUCACCGACAAGUUGGCAAACCGAUUAGUGCAGUUGGUGUCGGAUCCUCACAAUUUCGUGUUGAUUGACUUCAGGUACUUUUCGACUGCCGAGCAGCUCAAGAGGGAUAUUGACGAUACCAUUCAAGGCAACUUGACCCAAGUGCAGCAAGUGAGAGCUGUCCUGGUGAGAAACUUGGAUCAGAUUCCUUUUGAGGCAGCCAUGAUAUUCCACAGUUUGUGCGAUCAUGAAAACGCUCCCUUCAAGAGAGUCCUAUAUGUGAUGACUGCUUCUGUAGAAGAGGAAACUAUUCCUCCCGAAUCCGGGCAAUGGGACAAACUAGCCUCCAAACAUCUGAAAGCCGCAUGGAGAGACAGCGGCGAAGACCAAGUAGCUUCUCUUAUUAGCAGACUGACAGUCAAUGUGGCCGCUGUUGUUUCAAAGGAAUGAUGACACGUCAUAAGUUGCAGUAUUUUUUUUCUGCGAUAAAAUGAGCUUUUACUCAUAUCAGAUAUAAACUGAAAUGAAAAGUACUGAGACAGUAAAAUAUUUUUCAGAGUAUUAUGUGUAUAACUUACUCAUUGGAUUUUUUUUUUAAUUUGAAAUUUUUCAUGAUUUUUUCUUUUCUCUAUUAAAAUUUAUUCUAAUUUAAAUUCAUUGGUCCAUAUAUAGAUGAACCAAAAAGUUAUCUAAUGAUAUAAUUGAUGUUUUGUUUUCCUAUGUUUAUAUUCUCGUGUUUAAAUAAUUUCUUGGAAAUUAAAUAAUUCUUAUGUUUUCAAUAAAUGAAAAACAUUUUUAGUUUUACUAAAGAUAUUUAAAACUUUAUUAGUCACCCCUUUUGUAAGAAAAAAUAUUUAAUGCAUUUUACUGUAAAAUAUCAUAAAAAAACUUGCAUGAUAUUAUUUUGAUAUUGCACACUGUCAAUAUACGGCAUUGAGAUAAGAAAUGCAUUAACAAAUGAAUUGCAGGAAAAAGUAUUUUAACCUUAUUCAUGUGUGUAAAUAGCAAAAUACUUUUAAAUGUAGAAACAUUUUUUUACAUGCCAAAUGACUGUUUUUGUAUAGUAUAUAAAAAAAUAUACUUGUUCUUCUAAUUGCUUUAAAAAAGAUACUAUUUAAAUGUUAAGUUUUGUUACUCAUAAUUGUAUUUUCACUUUUUAUACAAUUCAAUGUAUUGUUAUGUAGCCCAAAAUAAAAUAUUUUGUUCAUAAA